UGAGUCCCUGCUCGCCUCAGCGGAGCUGCGGCUCCCGGGCAAGGCCUGGCGAGGGCUCGAGGCUCCCUCGGUGGCUCUCGCCGCCAGGAACUGAGGCUCCGGGACGCGGGGUUUCCCCUGGCUCCGGUGCUGAAGGCUCCUCUCUGGAGCUGCUCACCUCGGGAAAUGACCCAAGAUGUUAAGAAUUAGACCUUAACAAAUUGAAUCCCAGACUCUGCUCCUGAAGACCACUUCAAAAACAUCAGAACCCGUCUCACACUGUUGCUUUCAGCAGUCUUAGGAGUGCCAGGCACCCAACACAGCCGUGUAAUUUGAACCAACCAGCCCUGCCUUAUGGAGGCCCUGGACGAUCACAGCCAGAGACAGUGAGAUGACAGAGAAUCAACAAAUGUCAGAACUGGAUGGUCAACUAGUAAAUUUUAGAUCAAAAGGAGCCCUGGGAUUUCAACAUCCAGUCAGACUUUAUUUGCCCAAGUCCAAAUCCCAAAAGUUUCUUAAUAACAUCGGAGAGAAGAUUCUGGCAAGUUUUCCAGUACAAGCCACAAUUCACUUCUACAAUGAUGACGCUGACUCUGAGGAAGAUGAAGAAAUCAGUUCAGCCUAAGAAUGAGCAGUGGGUCAGCCUUGACAAACACAAAAUAAAAAUGAAAAAACUUGAAAGAUAAAAAAAGAACUGUCAGAAACAUACGGAUAAACAUCUGACCAAACAAAGAAAUACAUCAAAGCUCAAACUAUUUAUAACUAUCCUACCAGAAAGAAUGAGUGAAUGCAACUGGAAACUAAGAGGAAAUCGUUUUGUGUUUUCAGAGACUUUUAAAUAAAACCCUGAAGCUGAACAGAAGAUUAUAAGGUUUGAAUCAAGUUGGUUUAAGUAACAUGGAUUAAGAACAUUAAGAACACUGAACUUAAUUACUAUUUUUUACUUUGCAGUCCUGAUAAAAUGAAAAUAGAAUUGAUUAUGGGGCAAAAUAAUAUAAUGUACAGAGCCAAAAUAACCCAAAAGCUUUGAAACAUAAUGUUUGAAUCUAAGGAAGAAACUAUUUAAAAUGCAAGGACUAUUGCUUAUUAGCUCUGGGGGAAUGUUUAUUCUGACAUCAGGUUCUUCCCUGUCAUUGGAGAAGUGCCUUAGUGUCAGUCAGAAAAAAGUCAUUAUUAAAAACUAUGAACGAUAUGUUAAA